AAGGACCGACUAAUUCGAGAGAAUCAAUUCCACCGCCCACUUCGGGGGGGGGGCAUUUAAAUUCAAAGCAAAGCUCUAUAUGGACUAGCCCACCAAAAUUGGCACCAUAGAGAAUCGAACUUGUGACCUUGAGAGGAGUACAUUCUAAGAUCCAAAGCUAACGCGCUACUAGACCAUCCCAAGUGGGUUUGAUAAGACUUACUUUGAUAAAGUGCAGACAAUACAUUGUUUCUACUACCAUUAGAUUAUAGUAGUAAUAUUUUUCUGGUGUUAGUUUAUUAUUAAAAGAAUAGUGACUCAUAUAUUUAAGAGCUUGUAAGUUGAUGUUUAUGCAUAUAUUUCUCACGAGUUUAUAAAUUGUCAAAUAGUAAAUUGUCAAAUAGCUCGUGAGUUAUAUAUCUGCACAAGAACAUAUCGUGACAGACGCAUACAUAACUAGAUUGAAACUGAAAGAAAAAACUUAUCAACCUUAAUAUUCCUUCUUUGAUUAACAAAGUGAUGUUUAAACUUUAAUUGGAAACAAUUGAGAAAUAUUGAAGGAGUCAGUAAUCAAAAAAUUGGUACUAGUCCCAUAAGGUGUAGCCUAAUUGUAUUGGUCGCGAUGCUUAUACAGAAUUAUAAAGGCGGUUCAGAGUUCGGUCUCUACUGCUAACAAAUUCGGUCUCUACUGCUAACAAAUUCGCCACCACCCAUACAAUAAAUGAGAGUGAGCCAAGACUCUUGGCUACAACCAACCACCCCAAACCAAACUUCAAAUAUACAUACUAUACAUAUACCUGUACUUUUUGUCUUUUCUCUUUUGUCACAAUUAUUAGUAUGGAAUCCACGCCUUUUAUUUUUGAAUCCUCUUUUGUCUUUUCUUCCUUUUACUAUAAUUUUAUGAAAAUGACAAAAUAUUAAUAAGUAAGACUGACAAGCCAAGUCGUUUGAAAUUAGAAUAAAAAACCCAAUUAGCAAUUAAAAAGUUGCAAGUUGUUGGUGAGAAGACCACUUUCAUUUGCGAAAUCAAAGUCUUUUAUUAGAUCAAUCAAAAUAUCAAAUAUUAAAGUCUAUACAAUAUUGCAAUGUACCAAAAAAAAAAAACAAGUCUACACAUUGCAUCACAUCUUGACUGAGCUUGUACUGCACUCAGUUAUAUCUGGACUGUUUGAUUAAGAUUAAUUGGUGCAAAGUUUUAGUUUGAAUAUAUUUAAAAACUAUUAAAAUCUGAUCUUAAAAUUUGGACCUCCUAAUAUUAAUCAAACGGUCUAGAUGUCAUAAUCCAAUUUUGUACCUCAAGCUAUGCAAAAACGAAAUAAAGAAGGAACUAGGACGGUAAGAUUAGGCAGGAAAAAUUAAUCAAAGUAGCUUAGGUCCCAUUUCCAUGGAUGUCAACGUGAUGGCCAGUGAAGAAGUCAUUAGUAUUACCGCUGAUGAAGAUCAACUCAACCUUCUGAUGAGCUACGAGAGCUACGAAUAUGAUGUUUUUUUGUGUUUUAGAGGUUUGGACACCAGACACACCUUCGCCGCAACUCUCCAUAAUGCUCUGCGCUGCAACAGAUUCAAGACAUUUAUGGAUGAUGGCGGAUUCAAGAUAGGCGAUAAAAUCUCACUGCUCAAGUAUCAAGGAUUUCAAUUGUUGUGUUCUCCAAAGAAUUUGCAACUUCCGUUUAUUGUCUUGAGGAACUGGCCAAGAUACUGGAGUGUAAAAAGACAAAAAAUCAACACAUAAUUCCAAUAUUUUAUGACGUUGAUCCUACCGAGGUAAGACUUCAGAUAGGUGGGUAUGGCAAUUGGCAAAUCCAGCAUAACUGCUAUCAGUGGUAAAUGCAUCCAUGUAUUGCAAACUUUUAUCCUUCCCCAGUAGUGUAACAUUCUUCAUGGCCUCAAAAUUUUUUAAAUAGGCUUUUUGUAGUGGACCGCUAAAGUUAUUUCCUGAGAUAUCAAAAAUAACUAAACUGGGAAAUGGAUGUUUGAUCUUCAGAUUGGCAAUAGGACCAUGCAACUUAUUGUCUCGCAAAAUCAGCACAUUUAAGUGUUGCAGAGUUUGCAGCCAGUCAGGAAAAUUGUCUUUUAUUUUGUUGUUGCCAAGGUUUAAAACCUCUAGGUUUUUGCAAUGAGACAAUGAUUUAGGAAACUUCCCUUCUAAUGGGACAAUGUUCUUUGAAAAGUUAUUUGGCAAAGUGCCAUAAAAUCUGUUCACUUGCAGGUCCAAAAUGUAAAGGGGAUGACAAAUGUGAAAGACAUUGUGGAAUGAUACUGAUCAAUUUGUUGUUCAAACUCAAAUGAAAUAGCUUUUGGAACCCAAUACAUAAACACACAAUACAUUCCAAGUACAAAAUCUUACAACCCAAAAUAAAACUAGCUAAACAAGAAACACUAGUGUUAUUGUUCUGCAUAAAACCUCUAUUUCUAGAUGAAUUGAAACCAAGUACAAUAAAUUGUUGGUUAUCAUUUUUCAAUUUUUACUGCACCUGUCUUUGACCUUUGCUUUCACAUUUGCCAAAGUUUUCCAAAGCUUCCGACAAUAGUUGAAAUUAAACACCAAAUAGAGAAAGAAACCAUGUGUUUCUCAUGGUAACUUUCACUCUCUCAAAGAUUUCUAUUGAUUCAAAACAAUUGAUUACAUAGUAACUUACAAAUACAUUUGACUCAUAUUUCACAAAAUAAAUUCUUCGAUAUCCAACUUACAUUAUUGAGGAAUUUGGAUCCUCUUCUGCUGGUUGUGUCAAAUUACAUUAUUGGGUAUCAAUUAUUUGGAUAAAGCAAACAGUUAGCAUAAUCAUUGACAUGAUAAGCUUUAGAAAAAAACUAUUUUUUAUUUUUUUUUUAAAUAUCAAAAAGAAAAACACAGGGCCCUACACUGAAAGAGAACUACAACCAAUAAAAUACUAAUGGCAUGCUAAAGGAAUUAUGACUGAAAUUUCCUAUUCAGCAUCUUUAACAUGAGAAUUAAAUGAACUAGAGAACAAAGGAGGAACAUAAUCAUGAUUCAUGACACUGCUUUUGUUUUAAUGGAAGUUUCAAAGAAAUUCUCCUUAACUUUUUUAUAAAAAUAAAGAGGCAUGCAUGCACCAGAAAUGAGUUUACCAUGCAAUUUCCUUUUCACUGGUUCAAGAUAGCUCAGUUUAAUUAAGUUUCAUUUUAAACACCUCAAACAACAAAACAAUUUCAUUCAUCAGUACUAAAAUAUAUCUUUGGAAAGUGACAAGGUAAGUAAGUUCUUCUUAUUCCGUUGCAAGUUGCAACCUACAAAGUUGUGUAAUAAAUGACUUAUAUAACUAGUUUUAGCAGUAGAAUUGUUACAUUCUUGUUGUUGACUACUCUUACCUCUGAUGGUUUGACUCUGUUGUCACUCUUGACACACUGGACUUCUGUUCCUACCCUCAUCAGGUCUAGCUGGAAGGCAUCUGAUUCGAAUCCAUGCUCAUGGUUUGGUAUUCAAUGUGACCAUGCCCAAAAUGUCAUUUCCAUUAACCUAACUGGUCUUGGGAUUUCUGGUCAAAUUGGACAUGAAAUUGGAAACCUUUAUCAUUUGCAGACCCUUGUUUUGUUAGGUAAUAGUUUCUCAGGGACUAUUCCUUCAUCUCUUGGUAAUUGCAGCAAACUAGAGCACCUUGAAUUGUCUUCCAACCAUUUGAGAGGCGAAAUUCCGAUAAGUAUUUGGAGAAUACCAAGUCUUGUGAACAUCUUGGUUCACAACAACAACCUCUCUGGGGAACUACCUUUCGAGAUGACAAAGCUCAAGUAUCUAAAAAAUAUCUCAUUGUUUGAUAAUCAGUUCUCAGGAGUCAUACCUCAAAGCUUGGGAAUCAACAGUAGCAUAGUAAAGUUGGACUGUACGAAUAACAAGUUCAGUGGUAAUAUCCCGCCAAAUCUUUGCUUUGGAAAGAAUUUGAGUGAGCUCAAUAUGGGAAGCAAUCAACUUCAAGGCGUCGUACCUUCUGAUAUAGGAAAAUGUGAAACUCUAAGGAGGUUGUUUGUCGGUGAUAAUAAUUUCACCGGAUCUCUUCCUAAAUUUGAAAGUAAUCUGAACCUGAAAUACAUUGAUAUCAGCAAGAACAAUAUGGGUGGAUCAAUUCCAUCAAGUUUGGGAAAUUGCACAAAUCUCACAUAUAUUAAUUUGUCAUGGAACAAAUUUGCCGGACUCGUACCAUCAGAGCUUGGAAACCUUGUGAAUCUUGUGAUUUUGGAUCUUUCUCACAACAACUUGCAAGGUUCUUUGCCACUUGAGCUGUCAAAUUGUACUAAAAUGGAUCGUUUUGAUGUGGGAUUCAAUUUCCUAAAUGGCUCACUCCCUUCAAGUUUGAGAAGUUGGACAAAUAUAACCACAUUGGUAUUAAGUGAAAAUCACUUCACAGGAGGUAUCCCAGCGUUUUUGGCAGCACUUGGUAACCUUCGCGAGUUACAACUUGGUGGAAAUUUGUUUGGAGGCACAAUUCCUUCAUGGAUAGGAACAUUGGAUAAUCUGUUCUAUGGAUUGAAUCUGAGUGCUAAUGGAUUGAUAGGUGAUAUUCCUUUUGAAAUUAGGAAGCUAGAACUGCUGCAAAGUCUGGACAUAUCCUUGAACAAUUUAACAGGAAGUAUACAUGCUCUUGGAGGUCUUGUUUCAUUAACGGAGAUCAAUAUUUCUUACAAUUUCUUCACUGGUUCUGUACCAGAAACAAUAAUUCUCCAAAAGCUAUUGAAUUCCUCGCCUUCAUCAUUCAUAGGUAAUCCUCUCCUAUGUGUUAUAUUUGGUUGCAUUCACACUAAUUCUUAUUCGAAAGAACAACCUGUUUAUGAGGGUUCUCACAAAGUUAGUAAAGUUCGAAUAAUUGUGCUGAUGGAACUUGGACCCUCAAUAUUUAUUUCUGCCAUCUUGGUAAUAAUAAUUCGAAUUUAUUGCAUUAGAAAGGAAUCAAGAAGGGCCUCUGAUCUUCAGCUAAUGUUUUUUAAUGUAAGAGGAGAAGAAAGUUUUGAAUUCACAAACGACAGUGAUUACGAAUUAAAGAUCUCAACUGAAAAGGAGAUGUCUUCCCUUCAAGAGCAAGUGCUGGAGGCCACAGAGAACUUAAAAGAUGACUAUAUUAUUGGAAGAGGAGCACAUGGUAUUGUGUACAAAGCCAUAAUAGGUCGACAAGUUUGUGCUGUAAAGAAGCUUGAAUUUGGACGCAACAAGCAAAAGCGGUUACUUAUCACGCGCAACGAAAUUAAAGUCCUUAGGAUCAUUAAGCAUCCAAAUUUGAUCAAAUAUGUUGACUACUGGAUUGGAAAGGACUAUGGUUUAGUCUUGUAUGAAUUCAUGGAAAAUGGAAGUCUUUAUGAAAUUUUGCAUGAAAAGAAACCCGCCCCCUUAACAUGGAAUGUUCGGUGUAAGACAGCAGUUGGAAUUGCUCAAGGACUAGCUUAUCUUCAUUAUGAUUGUAUUCCACCAAUAGUGCACCGAGACAUCAAACCAAAGAAUAUACUUCUUGACAAUAAUAUGGAGGCUGUUAUAGCUGAUUUUGGUACUGCCCUGUGCAAGAAGCUGUUUGAGGAUUCUAAUAGUCAUUCUGAAACAAGGAAAAUGCUUUCGUCACACGUUGUAGGUACCCCUGGCUAUAUUGCACCGGAGAAUGCAUAUGAUAUAGUGCCUGGAAGAAAGUCUGAUGUAUAUAGCUAUGGAGUUGUCUUGCUCGAGCUAAUAACCCGAAAGAAAUUAUUAGUUCCGUCUAUAAAUGAUGAGGCGAACGAGAUCCACAUAGUGACCUGGGCUAGAUCUGUAAUGAUGGAAACAGGCAUGAUUGAGAACAUUGUUGAUCCAUACCUUGCAAGUGCAUUUCCCAAUUCAAUAGCACUAACCAUGCAAGUCACUGCAGUGCUUUCAUUGGCAUUACAAUGCACAGAGAAGGAUCCACAAAAGAGGCCGACCAUGAAAGGUGUUAUUGACUUUUAUAAUAAGAACUUGUUUAAUCUGAGAUGUGAUGAGGUUCAAUAUGGUGCUGAUGGACUUGUAAUUAAAUUGAUGGGAAAUGGUAAGAUUCGGUAUGAAAUUGUUGUCGGCAUUGCGAAUCUAGUUGUUCCAAAAAUAACCUAUGCUUGGUCUAGUUUGAUCUUUCUUCCCUCUACCACUGGUCCAAUACUUACCAAACCUUUCAACUGGUUUUUCCUAUCACGUUGGGGUCAAUAUAGACACCUGCAGAUAUCCUUGUAUACACAGCCCAAAUUAUUGAUGCGCGGUGUUUCUGGUGGAUUGAUUUCAAGACUUUGAUCCAUAUUCACAAUUUCGGAACAUGUGAGUGAGUCUUAGACAUUUUGUGCCUCCAUUUUGAAUUGAGUCUAGCAUGUUAUAAUGUUUUAUUUAAUGGUUCUGAAUUGAGUCUUAGUCAUGUUUUCUAACAAUUGUAUGGUUCUUUCUCCGAAAAUAGGAUGAAUCCUAGUUUGUAUUUAUUACCAAUUGUAUGGUUGCACAAGUGGUUGGUGCACAAUGUGUGUGAAUGUUGUAAAUUUUAGGAUGCCGAGUUCGAUUCCUACUGAUAAAAAAAUAAAAAACUCAUUGAAUUACAUUGACAAAAAUGUAUUUUACUUGUUUAAAUUUAUCCUUUUUAAAAA